AUGGAGGACGUGAACCCGUUCGAGCGGCCGGACUACGAGUCUCUGGCACUCGACAUGGGCGUGCGUCUAUGGCGAGUCGAGGUCUCACUGGCUGUGAAGAAGCUUUUGUCCCUUGGAAGCACGUACGAAGUCCACUACUCGCUCCCUCGUGGUCCCAUUGACAAGUUGCACUUAAGUACGGACUUAGGGCUCUCGGUGACUGCCACAAUGAAUUCGCACGUCUUUCAGGUGAACAAGGUCGAAGCUCCUCAGUACUCAAUGGACUUUGUGGACAAAGUGGGUGACAACGUGCAACACGGGAUGCCUAUUUGCACCGUGGAACCAGAUGAUUAUUUAGUCGGGAUGGCGUCGGAAGAUCUGCUUGUGUAUAGACGGAAUCUCAAGCAACUUUACAAGGACGUGGAGGCAUUUGGAUCUCAGGUCACUAUCAAACAAGAAGGCGAUCGAGCUGGAUGCCGGACGCUCGUGCUGCGUUUCGUGCGCUUGGGGGCAUCAAAGAAGGUGAACCUCGGACAAGCGCGUACUCACGGACAUCUCCUACGUCUUUUAGACAAUAUGGCUGCACACCAUCGGUUGCUGGCCAUUUGCUACGAUGAAUUGAUCAAGCAGGACCGACACAUAGUGCAACGACUGCACGCGGCCAAGAAGUUGCUGAUGUACGUGAAAGUGAUGACAGGUGAUAUGAGGAACACGUUAAUGAAGGAUCGAACGUUCCAGUUUGCAGACAAAUUUCGAGCGUGGUAUGCUGAAAUCACUAAAGAGCAAGACGAAAAGGGCAUUGAAUCUCUUGAUGAGGCCGUCGAUGAGCAGCCGGUAGAGAACAUGGUGGUCGAAAUGAGUCCGGAUCAAUUUGAUAGAAAUGGUUGCGACGAUAGCGGUUCGUCCGUCAGGUCGAUACUGCGCCAGAAAAGCUCGCAAUCGUCCUUGUCAAGUUUCGCGACAGCUAUCGUCCCAAAGAAGCGAGUGACGUUUGCUGCGAAUCUAACGCUUGGACCGACUGGCCCUGGUAGUGCCGUACACUCUGUAAAGUCCGAGCGCGUUUCAGUCACGGUUCCUUCGUUCGAUCAGGAACGGUUACGCGACGAAAGCAGCAUUUUCAAGACGAUUACAUCCCGUGCAGACGAAGGCCAAUCGUACCUUCUAGCUCUUAUUGGUCCUAAUGCCGACAUUGUAUCAUCACUUCGAGAACUGACAGCAGCUGUUCGAACUGUGUCCUCGCUGGCAAUAAACAAGGAACUCAUACUGGCACCAGGCCUUAAGCUUCAGUGCAAGGUGCAGGUAGAUGAGCCGAAUCAGUGUUCUGUCCGUGUCCGGUUAGGGCAUUUGUCAUUUGAUUGUACGGGUGCUACUGAUCAAGAUGCCACCAUUGGUGCGCUGUCGCGCCUCACGAGCGCGAUUGGCGAGCACCAAAGGUUGUACAUUGACAUGCUUUUGUACUUGAGAUCGCAAUUUGGCCUCUGUGCAGCCAACGAUACGCGCAAAGUGAAGGACGCAGCCUUUAGCUAUCUAGUCACAAAACGGAUUGUGCGGCUUCGGGAGAGGCCCAGCAGAAACCUCAACAAUGUGUUAACUUAUGACGUCGUGGCAUAUAUCCAAGAAUGUCCGCUUAUAUGUAGACGUGGCUCAUCCCUCCCUAGCACAAAAAGCGAAGUAGUCGAUGCACUCAUGAUGUUUCUGAUGGAAUUGGUCGACCAGUAUGACGAGAGCCUGAAACGCGACCGUGUGGUACAAAUCAAGAGCGAAAUAAAGUCAGUCACGACUGAAAAGAUCGAUGCCGAGGCCGACGUUGAAACCACAAACGAUGUCAAGAUGGAAGUCGUGCCCGAGAGCGCUGAGCACAUUGCUUCCCGAGAAGAGAGAGAGGCUGAGCUAAGGUCGCGUGGAAUUCUAGGAAAGCGACGCUAUGCGUUGGACGUAAACAUCUCCGAGAGCGAGCGUGGAGCUCCUCGUUCUCGCUUGUCGAAUGCGACCUUAGAAUUGAAAGCACCCGAUACGCGUGGUACUCAGCGAAAAGAUGGCCGCGUACCUUCUGUAAACGGAACGAACUUGUUUGUUGAGGAUCGACGUGGAUUGGGUCGCAAUCGCAAUACACGGGCGUCUCGCCCUGCGGAUGAAGUGGCAAAGGCAAAAUCUGUUGUGUAUCAAGAGUUGCUGAUGCUUCUUUUCCGACAUCGGGAGAAGGUAGUGGAAGCUGUUAAAACGAUUGUGUGGGAUCUAAGCGCGAGGUCCGACGCAAUCAAAUUCACGCCGAAUCUUACGAUCUUCUGGACCGCUACGAAGCUGGAAAAUGGGCUUGUCCGCUGUGUGCUCACUGCGGCAGAGAGUGUGGUUGGGGCUUGCGGGGAAGGACCAUCUAUUGAAAUUGCGAAGGACAGGGCAGCUUCGACAUUAAUCAAUACGCUGGAUGGGAUGAUCCAUACGUGGAGAGCAUUGGUUUCUACGUACAAAGAACGACUAGCUAAGACUCCAACAACUUUGAUGGCUGGGAAUGAGGUACAAGCCAAAAAUCGCGACAAGGUGUCGACAUCGGAAAAACUCGUUCCGCCCAUGUUCAUGUACUUCAUUAAAGUACGCGAUACACUAGCAAUUUCUACAUCGUGUCUGACCGCAAAAGAUGCAAAGCGUUCCGCUAAUGAAAGAUGGCGCGAUAUUUUGGAUUCGCUUGCUAAGAUGAAGUUCGCUACGUCACCAUUCCUCUCGAAUGGAAGCACGGAUAUGGCACAUACUACCACGAGGUCUCAAACUGUAGCGGCUGUCCAACCACGUCCGUUGGCAACUCCUCCAGUGAAACAGGCCAACCUUAUCUUGUGCAGUGACGAUGAGAUGGAUAACGAUGGCGAUGAUUAUGAUAGUGGCUCAGAUGGAGGAGGGUUCAGUGACGACGAUUGGGAUCCAUCAGCUGUCAAGGCUGCACCAGAUGCAAAUGUUGUGUCGAAAUCUGCAGUGUUUGAAAAUGAGCUAAAUAAGGAGUAUGAUGAGCAGUCCGAGUGUGGUCAAUCCCAUGAUGCAAGAUUCCGUGCCACAAUCCGGAGUCUAUUUACCCCAACGGACGAGUUAUGUGCUGGUAUUAACAGGCUUUGGGCGUCGCUCAAGUAUCGUGGAGCAGAACACAAAUUGAUUGUUCCUAAUGUAACGGCAAACAUAAAGAUGGAGCGCUUGCGUGAAGGUGUUUUUGAAGUCACGGUCGAUGUCAAUGAUGUCAUUCGCUUCAAAGCAUCGAAGAGGGCAAAGCCAGAUGCUUGCAAUGCUGCGGUCGAUGGAAUGCUGGACAAGCUGAACCGCGUUCGCUCGGUGUGGGCGCAGCUUCUUCAUUUUCUGGACGUAAAAUCUUUAUCUUACGUCUCGCCUAUUGACUCGUUUCGGGACCUCAAGUUAUCCGGCAUUGCCAAUAUUACAACUGUGGUGGAAGAACGACCUCGAUCAUCGUUCGGUCGUGCAUCUCGCUCACAACCAGGUGUUAGCUGCGUCGUAAGAGUAGAUGAUCAUGUGUUGUGUCAGGUAAUAUGGGAAACAGAAGCGGAAGCCCGUCGCUUAGCCGAAUGGAGGGCGGCACAGUUUAUGAUUGAUUUGAUUGACUGUGGGCUCGAUACGAAGCCGAUGAACGAAGGGGAUGAAAAGAUGGCAACUGAUGAUGGAGUAUCAAAGGUCGGUGGUUCUGUUGCUUGGUCAUGUCUCAUUCGGAUUCAGGACGCGUCCGAUACGUGCAAUAUCCAUGAGUUUCCGGUCGAUGCCUUUUGGUGCCAUACCCGCAACGGAAUGACACCCGACGACUUUCCAGAUAGUCGCAGCAUCGUGGCAGCACAGGAUGGAAUUGUGGGGAUGAGUCGAAUUGAGACCGAGAUCCGCAAUCUCCACGAAUCAGCGGUGGCGUUCUUCUACUUAGAAUCCGCGUAUGAUCACUGGAAGUUUGUGAGACAAAUGGUUCGUUAUGCGGACAAAAGGAAGCACAAUUCGCGUGUGCUUGCGCUGUCCAUUUCUCCGGCGUGUCUAUACAACAUGUAUCUGAUUCCGCCAGGGGCAUCCAUAAACAGCGAGCACAAUUCAUACUGGCCGGAAAAGGCGCUACCGCGCACUGGAAUUGAUCGUAAGAGCGUGGUUGGAUUUUUGACAAAGAAGAAAAUUAGAUGA